AUGUUGAAGAGACCAGCAAAUCGCUUCGUUCAACGAGUUGUGAAGAGUUCGUCCGGUCCAAACUGGAAAACGCCACAUGGCCGAAAAUGGAAGUUCAAGCGAGACGUAAGGUUUCCCAGGUUAUGGAAUAAUAUGGAAAAAGUGGAAAACGGAUGUAUGGAAAACGAAAUGAUUGAUUCUGUGCAAGCUUCCGUAGAAGAUCGAGAACGAUGGGCAGAGAUACUUUCAAGGAUGACAGACCUCGGCGAAGAUGCGGACAAUCGCGUCGGGCGAUAA